AUGACGGCAGCUGUGGUGGAUGUGCAUGCUGAAGGCCUCCGACAACUGGAGCGUGCCGAACGGCUGCUGGAGGUUGGCUCGACGGGUCCUCGGAGCCGCCGGACUGCAGUCCACAAGUCACUGGAGCAACUCUUCGGUGAAGCGCGGCUAAGGUCACAAACCUUCUCUGGAGCCAAUGCCUUCGCAUCCACCUCCUCACUGCCCCGGUUGCUUCAGACGCCACAAGCGCAGAGGCUGGAACGGGACAUUGCCGACUUCACCCUGGUGCCCCAGGGCACCACUGGUGCCCUAACUUCGGCCCCUGCAGAUGCAGACCAACCCUCCUUGGGUUUGCAGGAGUUCUUUGGUCUCAGACACGAGCGGGUCAUAGUGGAAACUGUGGAAGAGAGUUACCGGGACUGCUUGCGAAGCUGCGAACGUCACUCCUUUGAUCGCCUUCAAGCGGAUUGGGAGGACGCCAAGUCGCAGUUUCUGGGCAAUCUGCAGCGGCUGGGCCAAGGUUCUGCGGUUGUAGCAUUGUGCAAUGAUGGCACAGCCUCUGGCACUGCAGCAGUGCCACCCACUCAGGAUGCGCCCAUCAUAGAUGCCCUACUGAGCGAGUCCAUGGGCCCGCCACUGGUCCAGAAGAUCGCGCAGCUGAGUAGCGCAAGCUGCCCAGCCUACCAGGUGGAACUCUCCGAGUGCUGGAGCAUUUUAGGCCAAGAGCUGAAGAUCACGCUGGGAGGUAUUACUUCCGGUGCUCUCGCCUAUCUGCAAAACCGCUUUUUCGAUGAGGUCAAAGGCUUUGUCUACAACCAAGCAGAUGCCCGUCUGGGUGGUGUUCCGGAUGCCUGGUCGCUGGUCCGGGCCUAUGGCCGACUGAGAUUCCAGACCUCCAGCUUUCCCACCUCGCCAGCACACGUCUGGUACGCUGCCUACGUGGCUGCUCGUGCGGGUCUGGUUUCACUGCUUCUUGAGCUUCCCGACAGAGCUAGCCCAGCUUCCGAGCGGUGUCCCAUGCUGGGAGCUGUGUGCUCCCUGAUGGCGCGGCGACUUCAAGUCGUUUACCCACAGGCUGUGGAGUUGGCCGGAGCCGGGGAGGUGGACUCAGCGGACCUCCUCCGAGCAGAUGUCGAGCAGGAGAGCUCCGGCUUCCACGAUGUCCUCGUCUCUCUGCUGCUUGGGAGAAGCUUUGCCUUCAGCCGGCUGCCCGAGGGUACAGUGGAGGAUUGGCUCUGGUACCGGCUACACCUGGUCCACCUUCUGGGAAAGGACGAGCAGUCGCCGGAGUUCCAGCAGCAGUUUGAGGCUUUGCGGAACCAGGCUGCCGCACUCCCCGCAUCGCACUUCGAUCCCGGUGCUUCAGGCGUCAGCACGGCCGUCACAGCCAUGCAGACCUUGAACUCAGUAAAGGUCUUCUUGCUGACGGGCCAAUUUGGCCGUGCCAUACAGCAGCUGCAGGACCGCUCCCUUCGGCCCGUGGCACUCCACAUGGCACUGGUUUUACGAAAAGCUGGCACGCUGGAGGCCGUCUCAGCACUGGAGACGCCACUAAACGUCUCAGCUUUCCUGUGUGACUAUGCCUCCAGCUUCCGGUGUUCAGAACAGCUUCGCUAUUUCCGCGCGCUGGACGUCAAGGAGCGGGUUCAAGCACUUCAGCGUCUCCUCCUCUCCGGCGGAGCUGUGGACGAACUGUUGGGCUAUAUCGACCCCAACGGUCGCCACAGGCCAGGCUUGCUUGAGAUGACCUUGCAGGAGGACGGCAUGGGCGACCAGGCAGAGUUCGUGGAGUUGUGCUCCCGCGCGGGCCGGCAGGCUCGCGACCAGGGCCAGUACCGGGAAGCUAUUCGCCUUCUGCAUCUGGGAAGGUGCUACAGCGAAGUUCUGCAGGUGCUGUGCCGAUGCCUGCGGCUGCCAAUAUGGCGCGAGGAGUCUAUCGCCUCCGGCACCGCACAGGGUGAGGCAAUGAGCCUGGCACAGGAUAUCCAGCGCUUUUUUGACAUCUACGAGCGCAAUUUGGAUCGCUAUGCUCUCUCCUCCGCAGUCUGGACGGUGGCACGGAAGCUCUACGCCACGCGCAUGUUCCAUAGCCUCUGCGACAGAGGACAGCCAGAGGCUGCUUUGGACGUCUUUGACCGUGAGCAGCUCUUGAGCGACAUAGAUGCGCCUUCCGAGGCCGCUGACGAGGUCUGGGCUGAGUAUCCACAGAUCGUGUCUGCCUACAUUCGCGUCCUUAACCAUGCGGCUGCACGCGGGGCCAUGGUAGGCUACGCAAUGCAGGACCGCGUCAGGAGGCUGCAGUCCUUCCUUGCAGCGAGAUGCAAUCGCUUGGUCCUGGAUCAGGAGACUGAUGCUGCGCUGGCAAGACUGGCGCUAUGCUUCUGA